CUCUGGACCUCUCUGCACGAAGUUAAAAUGGAACACCAAAAGAAAUUACACAAAAAUCUUUCGACAUUUCUACUUUUCCUUCCAUCUCUUUCCACUGCACAAAAAAACCCCAUCUGCAAAUCAAAACCACAAUUUUGAAGGAAUUUGGAUUAUGGCAAUGGCUUCAUUCAAUCUACCUCUUGCUCCUCGUCACAAGACGCAGGGGCGUUUCCAAAUUUCUUGUAGAAGAAAAGAAAAGGAACGCAAUAAUUUUGACCCUUACAAAGUUAUUGAAAUCACCCCUCCGCCCAAGAACCUCGGCAUUCGUUGCUUCCCUCCCAACUUACAAUGUGGAGAGAGUGUUACAAUAGAAGGUCAAACAUAUACUAUCUCAGCUGUAACUCUUCGCUAUCAGCUCAGGAAGGGGAAGUAUGAACCAAGUGAAAAAAGACUUGAUGUUUUGUCCACAGGAAGGUACAUCUUGAAUUUGUAUCUUGAAAAUUUGUUAGAAAAAUCUUGAGGGAAGAGAAGCAGUAGAAACCCAUUGAAAUGUUGUAUCAUAGAUUGAUAAAAUAAUGUAAUGUUCGUUCUGAUAUUAUCCUAUUACAAUGAUCAUUAGUUGAACUAAUUCGUGCAUAUUCGAACUUGCAA